AAUAUUAUUUUGAUUCUUCAACCCCACGUUCAUCAAAAUCUUUUUCAAUGCGUAGUUUAGAACUUCUGGGUCAAAGAACUGCAAAAGUAACAAGUUCAACUAUUGAUGGACGUUCUUUCAUUGCUUUCGAUCCCGAAUCCUCCACAGUUUAUGCUGCAUUUGUUGAUCUAAAUGAUCAAAUCCGUGUAGCUGCCAAUAAUUUAGCACCCAAUGAUCCUAACGCUUUUGUAGAAAUUGAUCGUUGCCCUGGUUCAAAUAUUGUUAAUUUCACUUUCAUUGCCGAUCAACAAGUAGCUUGUCUUUGUACUUGGAGUGGCGAUAUUAUUCAUUUUAGUAAAGAACGUUUUGAAAAAGGAGAAGAAGCUAUGGAAAUAAUAGGUUCUGUUGAUGCAGGUAUUCAUGCCAUGUGCUGGAGUCCUGAUCAAGAUUUACUUGUUUUGGUUACAGGCGAUAAAAAGAUUGUAGAAAUGACACAAGAUUUUGAUACAAUUACUGAAUUUUAUUUCCAUGUUGAGGAUCAAGGUGAGGGCGUACAACAUAGUGUUGGAUGGGGUAGAAAAGAAACACAAUUCCAUGGUUCAGAAGGAAAACAAGCAGCACAACAAAAAAUUGAUACUAGUAAAUUUGUCACAUCAAAUGAUGAUGAUUCAAAGCCUCGUGUUGCAUGGAGAGGCGAUGGUAGCUUCUUUGUUGUUUCGGAUGUUGAUCCUAACCGAUCUGCUCGUGUUAUUCGUAUUUAUAAUCGUGAAGGUGUUUUACAAAAUACAAGUGAGCCUGUUGAUAAAUUAGAACAUGUAUUGGAUUGGCGACCUUCAGGAAAUUUGAUUGUCUCUAGUCAACGUUUACCUCAUCGUCAUGAUAUUGUCUUCUUCGAGAGAAAUGGCUUAAGACAUGGCGAAUUUAGCUUGAGAGAGACUCAGGAUAUGAAACAAAAAGUAUUGGAGGUUAUGUGGAAUGCGGAUUCAACAGUGCUUGCUAUUUGGAUUGAAUCUGUGAUUAACGGAAAAUUACAAAAGACAGUUCAACUUUGGACCUCAAAGAACUAUCAUUGGUAUAUGAAGCAGCAUAUUGUACUUUCUGAAGAGAGAGAUAUUAUCGGAUUUGCUUGGGAUGUUGAGAAUGCUUUAAUAGCACAUCUGUUUACAAGUGAUGGAGAAUAUCAUCGUCUUUUAUACACUUUGGAUGUUUAUACAAGCACAUCGAUUGAUGAAGCCAAUUCUGGUUAUGUUGCUGUAAUUGAUGGAUCCCAAUUACUUUUGACACCUUUUGCUUAUAUGAAUGUGCCUCCUCCCAUGAGUUCACUUGCUGUAAACGCUCAUGAUAAUAUUCAGUAUGUUGCUUUUAGUCCUCAUUUGAACGGAUUAAAAGUUGCUGUUCUUACAAAUCAAAAAAUUCAAUUGUUUGAUCUUCCUGAAAAGGGAGUUGGUAAUGCUUCUCUCACAGAUGAAUACAUUUUACCUGAAAUUACUGCUGAAAAUGAAUCUUAUGCGAGAAAUCACAUUCGUCAGUUAUGCUGGGUUAAUGAAACUCAAUUGGUUUAUUGUCAGUAUGACGAUAGUUUGCAAGCGGAUAUGAUUUGUAUUGCCAAAUUCAACAAUAAAAAUAUGACAAUAACAGCACACCCUUUUGAUGGAUCUGUGGGACGUAUCUACUUUAAUGUAAAUACAAAGGAUUUGAUUGCUGAAAGACUUGAUGGUUUCGUUUUCAACAUAGCAUUAGAUGAUGAACAAGCCACAAUCAGUCAAAUUGAACAGUUCCCUGAUUUCUGUCCUUGGAUUGCUACUGCUCGUAUUGGUAUUAGCUCUAAGGAGUAUGCUGUGAUUGGUUUAACUGACCGUAGUAAAUUAUACAUAAAUGACAACUUGAUUUCUUCAGAAGCUACAUCCUUCUAUUUACGCGGUGCUUGGUUAGUAUUUUCUACUACGCGACAUACCGCUCGAUUCUUGUCAUUAGACAGUUCCUCUAUAAAUGAUCUUAGUUUACCCGAUGAUACUAAUGAUGCAUACGAUGAAACGUCUAGACGACUUGAACGUGGCUCCAAGAUUGUAAUAGCUACUCAACAUAAGCCUAACCUUGUGUUACAGAUGCCCCGUGGUAACCUUGAAACGAUCAGCCCUCGUGCUUUUGUUCUUGCUGCUAUUCGUGAAGAUCUCAAAAACCUCAACUUCCGUUCUGCAUUUAUUGCCUGUCGAAGAAACAGAAUUGACUUGAAUAUUCUUUAUGAUGAUAAUCCGGAACGUUUUAUUGAGCAUAUUCGUACAUUUAUUGAACAAGUAUCUGAGGUAGAUUACCUUAACUUAUUCCUAUCGAAUCUUCGAAAUGAAGAUACACUUGUAACUAUGUAUCGUCGUGGUGGACGAACAGCAGAUCAAUUGACAGCAGCUCCAGGCGUUGAAAACAAAGUCAAUACGGUAUGUGAAGCAGUUCGAAAAAUUUUAAUAGAGCUAGGACAAGAACGUUAUAUGCAGUCAAUUCUUUCUACCUAUGUCCGAAGCUCACCUCCUGAUCUUGAAUCUGCUAUGACUCUCUUAUCUGAACUUCGCGAAACAAACCAUACAGCAGCUGAAGAUGCUUUGAAAUAUACUAUCUUUUUAUGUAAGGCUGAUCUAUUGUAUAAUGUCGCCUUGGGUAUGUAUAAUUUCCCUCUUACCCUCAUGGUCGCUCAACAAGCACAAAUGGACCCUAAAGAAUAUCUUCCCUUCUUACAAGAGCUCAAGAAUUUUGAAAAAUAUUAUCAGCGUUACAAGAUUGAUGAUCAUCUUAAACGUUAUGAAAGAGCAAUUAAGAAUUUAAGUUUGGCUGGUGACGAACAUUUUGAUGAGCUUCUAGACUAUAUGCAAAAGCAUUCUCUUUACCAUAUUGCAAUUGAAGAAUAUGCCAACAAACGACAACAAAGGAUAGCUAUCUUGGAGGUCUAUGGUGCUCACCUUGAUUUUACCACUCAAUAUGAAGAAGCUGGUAUUGUUUUUGUUAUGGCGGGUAAUUUGGUUAAGGCACUUGAAUCGUAUCGUAUGGCAGGUUGCUGGAGAGAAGCAUUUUCGAUAUCUAACCAACUUAAUUACACUCAAGAAGAGACACAUGCCUUGGCUUAUAGCAUGAUUGAAUAUCUGAAGGAUAAGCGUCGUUAUCAGGAAGCAGCUGCUGUAGCUAAGGAUUAUGCAAAUGAUGUUGAAGAGGCUGUUGAUUGUCUCUUGAAGGGUUCUCUCUGGAAAGAAGCCGAACGUGUCUCCUACAGCUCUGGUCGUUCAGAUCUGAUUGAAACACAUGUUAAACCUGGACUUGUGGAAGGAUAUACUCAAAUGGAUGAUGAUAUUGAUGAAAUGAUGACCCAAUUCCAUAAACAAUCGACACGACUUGUUGAACUCCGCACACAUAAACCCGAACCAACUCAAGUGAAUCCAAUGGCUAAUGAUGAAACAUUGGAUAACAUUGAUAUGUUCUCUGAUACAACAUCCAUGUAUAGUCAGUUUACACGAUACACAAGUGCUUCCUCUCGAGUCUCAACCAUGUCAUCCUCUACACAAGGUUCUGCACGAUCUCGAAAGACAUCUAAGCUUAGAAAAAGAGAAGAGCGUAAGAGAGCUCGUGGUAAAAGAGGUACUGUCUUUGAAGAAGAAUACAUUGUUAAUUCCAUCAAGAAACUUAUUGAAAAGGCUUGCAGUAUGCAAAAUGAACUUGGUAGUUUGAUUCGCGCUUUAGUUCCCUUUGAAUAUGUUGAAGAAGCUAGAGCAAUACAAGAAAAGUUUGAUAAAUUUUUCAAGGAACUUGAGGGAUGUAUGAAUACAGUUUUUGUCCCUUUGAAAUUAGCUGUUAGUUUGUAUGCAACACUUGAAGAAUUUGAAGAAGCAAAGAAUAAUCCCAAAGUCAUUGAAAAGCCUGUCAUUAACAAGGUGGAUUGGAAAUUAAAAUUAUUGUAAAAAAAAAAAAAAAAAAAAAAA